CGCAGGUCAGGUGCUGAGCAGCGGUGCCCAAGCAAGAGCGGGGUGUGCAGGUCAGAGAAGCUGGUGCAAGAAUGGGGCUCUACUCAUCUCACCUCCACAAGAUCGAGAACCUUCCGGAAAUCAUACAAGAGACAGGCUUUUCCAAGUCGCACAUCUGCCGUCUGUACGAUCGUUUUGAGGCAUUGGACCAGAGCAAGAGAGGGAAGCUGAGCCGAGCCGACUUCCAGCGCAUCGGAGCGCUCGCGGUGAAUCCUCUGGGAGAGCGAAUCAUCAACGCCUUCUUUGCUGAUGGUAAAGAAACGCUGGACUUCCGUUCAUUUGUCCGCAUCCUGGCGUGCUUCCGACCCAUCGGAAAGGUCAAGUCAUCAGAUCCUCAGGCCCCUGAACCAAUUAACAGCCGAGACAACAAGCUGCGGUUUGCCUUUGAGCUGUACGACCAGGACAAGGACGGGAAAAUCUCGAGAGACGAACUCUACCAGGUGCUCUUCAUGAUGAUGGAAGCGGAGGUCACUGAGGACCAGCUGGACAGUAUCAUUGACCGCACCAUCCAGGAAGCGGACCAUGACGGCGAUGACGCCAUCUCCUUCGAAGAGUUCAGGAAGAGCCUUGAGAAUGUUAACCUGGAGCACAAGAUGAGCAUUCGAUUCCUUCAGUGAGAUCCAGAGGACUACGGCAAGGAACCCUGGGAGCUCCCUCCGUGAUCCGCCCGCUGGGUUUUGGGUCUGGUGACUGGAUUGGAAACAUAAAGCGUCUGUUCUGUGUGUGAUAGGCUGCCUCGUCAAAAUUAAUAUCUGAAGGCUCGUUUCUUCCCCUCAUCCCCACCCUUCCUUCAUUUCCAGGAUUUCUAAGUUCGAAGUAAAUUUAUUAACAAAGUACAUACAUGUUACCAUAUACGACCCUGAGAUUUGUUCUUCUUUCGCCUUUUCUGAAUUAGCAGUUUGGUCCAUUCUGUAAACUGAGAACCCUUCUAUCUGAUCACUGGCGUGCUGGCAGAAAGCCAUGUCCCACUCUGACACUGAGUACAGCAAUCUCUCAUAUCCCUCUCAUACAGCCAUCUCACCCUCAGCUCCGCAAUUUUGUUCUCCAGCGACUGCACAUUGGCUGCAAGGUGCUGGGUAGAGGAGGCUUCGUUCCUCUGCAUUUCAGCCCGGCUUGAAGUUGUUUGCUGCCCCCUCCCCCCCCAUCCACUUCCAGCCAUGGCGAUGAACCUUCAUCUGUUUACAGGGUCCGUUGAUAGUGAAAUCCGUAGAUCAUUAAGUAGAUUUGAAACUACAUGUCGCAGAUUGGAGUGAGAGUAAUUCAAAAGAGGUAUAUUUAAAAGUAUUGUUCAUAGCCUAGUGAACAUCGUCAUGGUUCAUGACCUCAGGACCACUCAGGAGCUGGGAGAUUUGGGAAGGUCAAUUUGCUGCUCCCUCUGUCCACUGGUAUUUGGGGGUCCCACAUUUAACCACAAUGCUACCGAGGAUCUGCUUCUGUGUGUCUACCGAGGACAGAACCUCACGUCAGCAAGGAGGAAGAAUCCACGUGUUUGAAAACUCAUUGAGUUGGGUCAGCACCAGAGGGUGUCAGAAGUGGGGGGUGGUCUCCUGUAGGAUCCUGCACCCAGUGAACCCACCUCCCUACAAUGAUGGUUAUUCAGUGGGUUUAUGACAUCUAAACCCCAGGGAGGAAUUCAGCCCAUUGAUUCUAUACCAUCCUAACUAGUCCCACCCUGUGAUUGUAGAGUUCUCCUACCUUUUAAGUGUCUGGGUCUCUUCUAAUCCCCCAACAUUUGCUGUGCUUUGAAGAGAAUGUUGGAAUUGUAUAAGGUGUCAGAGAGGCCUAAUUUGGAGUUGUGUGUGCAGUUUUGGUUACCUGACCACAAAUGCAAGCAGGCUUUUUCCACUGACACUGGGUGAGACCAGAACUAAAAGUCGUGGGUUAAGAGUGUGUCAUGCUUUGUAACUCCAAUACGUAAAUCUAAUUGCAAAAAAAAGAUGGGAGCCCUGGAGAAUGAGUCUUAGUUUCAUAUUUUAACUUGAGAUGAUGUAUGACGUGGUGCCAAAUAACGUAUGCCAUUUACAUACUUUUACAUAUAACCCAUUAUGAAUAAUUUAAACAAUAAAGAUUGCUUAAUCAAACAAUA